UCUCCCUUCUCUCUCUGUCGAAGCACCUCCCGAGUCCUCUCUCUCUCUCUCUCUCUCUCUGAAGCCCUAAAGUUUUCUGCCCUAGAUCAGAGGGAGGGAACAAUUCCACCGGUGAGGAUUCACGGAUCAGAUCCGAGCGUACCUUUUUGCUAAGGCGGUGUUCGUUCUCUACUUAUUCGCGGCCCUUCCCAGUCCUCGACGGGUAUCGUUCGGCCGGAAUCGGCUCUCUCCGGCGAGGAUUUCGCGGUAAUUUGCCGGAUAAUGUGAAGGGAGUUCGGGGUUGAGCCGUCUUAUCCUCCCAGCUCCUGGCGACAUGGACAGGUCCGCGCUUACCGUUGGUCCCGGCAUGGACAUGCCGAUAAUGCACGACAGUGAUCGGUAUGAGCUCGUCCGGGACAUAGGAUCGGGGAAUUUCGGCAUUGCGAGGCUGAUGAGGGACAAGCAAUCGAAGGAACUUGUGGCUGUCAAGUACAUCGAGCGCGGCGAGAAGAUCGAUGAAAAUGUUAAGAGAGAAAUUAUUAAUCAUAGGUCUUUGAGGCAUCCUAACAUCGUCAGAUUCAAAGAGGUUAUAUUGACGCCCACUCAUCUGGCGAUCGUUAUGGAGUAUGCAGCUGGUGGGGAGCUUUUUGAGCGAAUCUGCAAUGCUGGACGCUUCAGUGAGGAUGAGGCACGUUUCUUCUUUCAACAACUAAUCUCGGGUGUUAGUUACUGUCAUUCUAUGCAAGUCUGUCACCGUGAUCUGAAACUUGAAAACACACUUUUAGAUGGGAGUGCAGCUCCUCGUCUGAAGAUAUGUGACUUUGGCUAUUCAAAGUCUUCUGUGCUGCAUUCACAGCCAAAGUCUACUGUUGGCACUCCUGCAUAUAUUGCACCAGAGAUACUGCUCAAUAAGCAUUAUGACGGAGAGAUUGCUGAUGUGUGGUCUUGUGGAGUAACGUUAUUUGUCAUGUUAGUGGGUGCCUACCCUUUUGAGGAUCCUGCAGAGCCUAAAAAUUUUAAGAAGACUAUACAGCGAAUAGUGAAUGUACAAUACGCUAUCCCAGAAAAUAUUCAAAUCUCCCCAGAAUGUCGAAACCUAAUCUCGAGGAUCUUUGUCCCCACUCCAGCUACGAGAAUUACAAUACCUGAGAUCCAGUACCAUGAAUGGUUCCUAAAGAACCUUCCGGAAGAUCUCAUGCAAGAAAACACAAUGAAUUUUGAAGAGCCGGACCAACCAAUGCAGAGCGUGGAUGAGAUCAUGCAGAUACUAGCUGAAGCUACAAUUCCUGCAGCUAAUACACACAUUGGCCAGUUCUUCCCAGGAUCUUUUGAUCUAGAUGACGAUGAAAUGGAUGAUCUGGACUCCGACCCCGACCUUGACAUCGACAGCAGUGGAGAAAUCAUCUAUGCUAUGUGAUUAUCUUAAUCUUAUAAAUGCUAGAGGCCUGAGUGUUACUCAUCCUGCCCGAUCAUGGCUUGGGAAUCAUGCGGCCUUCAGACUUGUGUAGUGACGACGCUCUUCUCGACUGAAGUUUUUUGGGUCAAAAUCUGGAGAGUAAGUCAUUAGCACCUGUAAUCUAUAUAUGUUGGUGGUUUCACUUGAUGCUUGUUCAUAUACACGUUGCCAGGGUUCUGUUUCAUAUAUUUGGAAUGGCUUCUGAUUGUUCCAACUGCAACCGCUGUUUAAACUUGUCAAGAAGACACUAGGGCUCGAUUGCAGUGGCGUUGUACUCUCUCUGUUGUGACACUAUUUAUGUAGCUUUACCAUUCUAAUAUCCAAUGGGUAGCAGCUCCAUAUUUGUGAAUAA